AUGGUCAAGGCUGCAGCUGCUGUGCUUCGACCUCCUUCAGUUCAUUCUGAGUGGCAAAGACUGCAACAGGAGGCCCAGAACCACACUAAUGCGGGGCUGCUAGGAAGGCAUCAUUCCACACCCUUCUUCCUCACUGAGCAGGAGCAGCAGCUGAACCAGGUGGAAAAACUGAAACUUCACCUGCAGAUGAUGACCAAUGACAGGAAUGAACUGCGUGAAUUCCUGGCCCAUUACAGCAAUGAGUUGAACAACAGGCUGAAUUCGGAGAAUGAGAUGCAGAACACAGAGCAUAAGAAGGAUAUGUCAGAUGUGAAGAAAUUACCCAAGGAAAUUAGUGAGGCCUUGUACAAGUGCACAGAGCUGAGUGAGAAGACCAAAAUCUACCGCACCCUCUACAGUCAGCACCUGAGUGAACAGACUCAGCUGAAGGAAAAAGUGAGAAUCUUGCUAGAGGACAAGAAAAAGCUACAGGGGGAGCAGAUUUUACUACAAGAGUCCUGUGAGGAGGCAAAGAGGCUCUGUGAAGAGGUCCAUGAGAAUAUCUAUGACCUCUGGACAAGGCAGCUGCAGGAACAUCAAAGACUUGAGGAAAAUCUUCAGUCCCUGCUGAAGCAGAAGGAGCUGUGCACGCGGCAAAGGGACUUGGCAGUAAAGCUGCAGCAUCACUUCACUGUGUCCCAGAUGAGGUUUGAAAAUCUCCAGCAGGAACUGGAGCAGACCACAGCCCAGGAAGACAGCCUCCUGCAGAUGGAGCUGCAGGGGCAGAAACACUAUGUUCCAGCACCUCUUCAGAAAACUGAGAAGGCUGGAAGAAGCCAGAGACACCCUGAAGGCUUGACAUUCUACACUCCAGGUUCACGGCCUCCUCAGAAAUUGCCACCUCUUUUCAGCUGUGAACUCACUAGUGAGGCAAAUAUCAACCAACCAUCAGGUGAUCCAGUCACAGUCUGAGGCACAUCCAUUGGCUCACUAUUCCCAGAGAAAAGAUUGUAUCAGAAAUAGUCUGACAUUCAGAAGACACAACACAAAUUACUAAGAACCCUGACAUCCAUCAGCACGUGGCCCCAGUGAGGGGCGAAACAACAUGGAAGAGGACAUGUGGGUGAGCAAGAGUUCUUCUGUCAGCUUCCUAUCAAGGGCUUUGACAAGCUGACUCCAUAUGUGAAGGAAAUUUGACAAGGAAGACUGUUAACAUCACACUGCCAUCCAGACAGACCACACCCAAAGGAUAAGAUACUCACUGGUGCAUUGCUGAAGCUGACACCAUGUCAUAUGCUACUGUUGCUGAAGAUAAUUCACUGCAGAGAAUAAGACAGUUCCUCACCUCAUUUGCUCUUCCAUAA